CACCACCACCACCGUCUUCGAUUCCUCGUUUUUCAACUGAGAUCUCUCACGAGUUUCUACCUUUCAUCCCAUCCGCCACGCACCCAUUUGCUCUCUCGCUGUAAUUCGCCCGAUUUCACGCCGCCGUCGUACGAUGGGGCAGGUCCCGUCUUCCGCCUCCGCCUCCGCCUCCCCCGAGCCCAGCCACCGCGGGAUCUCGUCCAGCCAGCGCCUCGACUCCCUCCCCUCGCUGGAGCUCAUUUCCUCCUCCGACGAGGACGAGGUCUGCCGCGGCGACAGCGGCGGCGGCGGGUAUGACUACACCGGCGACCUGCCCGACGAGUGCCUGGCCCACGUCUUCCACUUCCUCGGCGCCGGCGACAGGAAGCGCUGCUCCUCCGUGUGCCGGCGGUGGCUCCGCGUCGACGGGGAGAGCCGGCACCGCCUCUCGCUCAACGCGCACGCCGAGCUGCUCUCCUCCCUCCCGUCCAUUUUCACUCGCUUCGACGCCGUCACCAAGCUCGCCCUCCGCUGCGACCGGAAGUCGGUCAGCCUGGGCGACGACGCGCUCAUCCUCAUCUCCCUCAAGUGCCGGAGCCUCACGCGGCUCAAGCUCCGCGGCUGCCGCGAGCUCACCGAUCUCGGAGUCGCGACCUUCGCCCAGAACUGUACGCAGCUGAGGAAGCUGUCCUGCGGCUCGUGCUCCUUCGGCGCGAGAGCCAUCAAUGCGGUGCUUGAUCAUUGCGUGAAUCUGGAGGAGCUGUCCAUUAAGCGGCUCCGGGGAAUCCACGAUGGAGCCGAGCCGAUCGGGCCGGGAGCGGCCGCGAAGUCGUUGAGAUCCAUUUGCUUGAGGGAGCUCAUUAAUGGUCAGUCUUUCGGUCCUCUUCUAGUUGAAGCGAGAAAGCUCUCCACUUUGAAGUUGAUACGCUGUUUGGGUGACUGGGAUAAGGUUCUCCAAACAAUUGGGAGGUCGAAUCCAGGUUUAUUAGAAGUUCAUUUGGAGAGAAUUCAGGUGAGCGAUGGUGGUCUUUCUGGGAUUGCGAAUUGCAAGGGUAUCGAGACUCUGCAUGUUGUGAAGGUCCCCGAGUGUUCGAAUUUGGGGCUUUCAAGCAUCGCUGAGAAUUGCAGGCAAUUGAGGAAGCUUCACAUUGACGGGUGGAGAAUAAACAGGAUAGGCGAUGAGGGUCUGGUCGAGGUCGCCAAGCACUGCCUUCAGUUGCAGGAGCUAGUUCUGAUCGGCGUUAGCGUGACGCAUUCGAGCUUGGGUUUGAUCGGUUCCAAUUGCAGGAAAUUGGAAAGGCUAGCCUUCUGCGGGAGCGACACGGUCAGCGAUGUGGAGAUCGCGUGCAUCGCCACAAAGUGCGAGGCCCUGAAGAAGCUUUGCAUCAAGAAUUGCCCCGUUUCUGAUGUCGGGAUUGAAUCCCUUGCGCGGGGGUGUCCCAAUCUGGUGAAGAUUAAGGUGAGGAAGUGCAGAGGAGUGAGCGGCCAAGUCGUGGAGCUGUUGAAGGAGCAGAGAGGGUCGUUGGUCUUCAAUUUGGAUGCCGGCGAAAUCGAAGCCUUGGAUGAUUUCGGAGUUGAAGAAAGCGCGGCGGAGUUCCCUCCGGCAAAUGCUUCCGAUGUGCCGUCAAGUAGCAAUGAGAGGUCCAUGUUGUUUAGGGCCAAACUAGGUUUUUUCGCGGGUAGGAAUUUAGUGGCUUGCACCUUCAGGAGGUGGUCAAAUGGUGAAAAUAGCACCAAUGGAAACUUGUGAUUGCUAGUGUUGUAAGUGCUGAAAAUUGUUUUGGUUGACAUUUCUUUGUUGUUCUAGACAUUCCUUAGGCGGUUGUUGUUCUCAAUGAUGCCUCUAUCAUCCACCUUUCGCGUCGUGCAACUUUCUUGGAAAUGAAACUGGAGUUCUUUUA